GAAAACAACUAAUAGAGUAAAAAUUUAACUAUCAUUCUAAUUAUCCCUAAAAACAAAUGGCAGAAUCAUCAAAAAACAAUAAAUAUUUACAGAAUCAAAAUCUUUCUGUUGUAAAUAAAAGACGUAAAAUAUCCGAUGAUAUAAUAAAUAAAAAUCAAAACAGUAUUAUUGGGAUACAAUCUGAUGUUUACCAACCGUGUUCUCUGGCUUCGUUAAUAAAUAAUCCUGAUGAUAUAGAAUCAUCAUCUGCUGCUCCAACAAAUGCCAUAUAUACGAUGAAUUAUAAUAAAAUAAAAAUGCCAUUACCAAAUCCUGCUGAACAUAGACAAAAGGAAUUUAAAAUUAAUCCUGAUGGAAUAGUAGCAUUAUUACCCGCAGUAUCAACACAAGCUAAAUAUAUGCGGAAUUACCGUGCAAAAAAAAAGGAAAAAAUGCUCAAAAAUAAUUGUAAUCGUUUGGAAAUAAUUGACAAACGGCUUAUGAAUUUUAUUGGACAAAACGCAUGUAUAUCGGUUUAUUCUUUUGAUUAUCAAAGUCUUCAACCUUAUGCAAAGGAUUUUCCAGAUGAUAUUUUUGAUACUACAAAAAUUCUUAUGUUUUUUGAAACUCGGCAACAUAACAAUGAUAACAUUAAUAAAUAUGAUAAGAAAAGUUUUCGUUGCGUUAUAAAAUUUAAACGGCCAGAUGUUCAAGAAACAGGAGUUUCAAUUUUUCACGAUAAACAUGAAUUAACUCCUAAAAAAUUGAUCAAUCCGUCGACAGAAAUGGCAGUAGGAGAUGCACGACAUAUCAAAACAGGACACAGCAAUGUUGGUGAUCAUUGCCUCGCUGAAUGCAUAACAUCACACAACAGAAUAAUAAUAAUGGUUUCAAUUAACAUUUAUCCUGAUCAAGAAAUAGCUCAUAUAAUAAAAUUUAUUCACAAAUCAUUAUUAGCAUAUUGUGAUCGAGGUGCAGCGCUUUAUGGGGGUAAUGAAAAUGAAUAUGCGAUGGUCUUGAGUGGAGAUUUUAAGGUUGAUUUUUCAUCACCUGAUUCAGAACCUCUUGUAGCUUUUUUACGAGAUGAAUUCCAUCUGGAAAUGAAUAAUGAUCCAUCAAGAACAACCACCAAAUCAGGAACAACAAAUGAUAUUAUUUUUACACGGUAUUUGAAUAAUGUUCAACCUAAAAAUUACGUAUCAUAUUUCAGUUACAAUAAACCUGCCAUAUCUUCUAUACCGAUUGAGCCAAGUGAAAAUAAAUCACUAGCAAUUACCGAAAUAUAA